AUGGAAUCGGCAUCGGGAUCGGAUUCGCCUUUUAUGAGCAAGAUGGCUUUUGUUGCAUAUCGUAAAUUGCGUGAGAUAGCAGACAAGUACAGACUUCAACUUGAUCCACCACGUAUCGUCUUUGUCGGCGAGACAUCUACAGGAAAGUCUAUGCUGGUGCAAAAUUUUCUUGGUUUUCCGUGCACGUUUUCCCAGUCAGGUGUGGCUACUAGAUGUCCGGUUUCCUACCAACUUCAUUACAAGGAAGACGCUACUGAGCACCGUGUUAUCAACCCAAGUGGUCUCCAUACAAAUGCGCUUGCUGCACGUCUUCAUAAUCAUAUGCAAAGUGUUGAACAAGAAUCGAAAUUCUCCACCGAUGCUUACCAAAUUGAGCUCGAGAGCAAUGCCUAUCCUGAUUUGGAGAUUCUCGACGUGCCGGGUCUCAUCUGCGGGAGCGGCAACACUGAAGAACGAAAUGCCGUUGAAAAAAUUACGGAGUUCUAUGUGCGUGAUCCGAGUUUUGUGAUCGUGCUUCUUAUUGAAGCCAACCAAGACCUGGCGAAUAGCUACGGUGCUCGAACAAUCGACGAUUUGUGCAUGGGUAGAGUGAACAAAGGUUCUGGUAAACCACCUCGACUCGAUUACAAGAAUAGCAUGCUAACUAUUCAAACAAAAUUCGAUUUGUUCAUGAACGAUCAUGCGAAUGGUGCGCACGCCAAUAAGGAUAUUCAAGAGCGCUUGGAUAUAUUCAAAGAAACAUAUUUUGUCAGCAUGAUUUACGAUGCUCGUGUCAUGACUGACGAACCGUUUGAGAGCAAUGUGCAGUACAUGAGAGAUUUACCACAGUGUGAAAGCGAUUUGGUCGACCAAUGGAUUACUGAAAAAAUCAAUAAAAAUGCUAAGAAACUACCCACGUACUACCCGGAAUUCAAUUCUGAAAGCUAUCGUCACCUGAUUGGCAUUAAUGUAGUGCGAGAAAAAAUUCGAAAUCGAUGGUUACAGGUAAGACUUUGA